GGUUUUUAUUUUAAUCGAAGGAAAAAUCAGAUAACAGAAAAAGAAGAUGUCUUCGGUCGUUCUACGAAUUGUACUGACGAUCGUUUUCGUGCAAUUUCUUGACACUUGUUCUGCUACGCCUUUGGAUGUCGCUUUUAUCCAGAAGAGCGAAGGCGACGUCUCUCUUCUUACCCUUGCCGAACAUUUGCCUUUCGACGAAAGCAAAGCUGCUGCGGCUUGUUUAGUUAACAAUUGCCAAGAUGUGACUUCAGACGAGCUGUUGAGCUCUCUUGCGUUCACUCCAGAAUAUCUGGAUUUUGGCGAAGUGCAAGUGGGCUUCCCGAAGGAGCUGGAGGUGAAAGUGACCAACUUAGAGAGUGGCGGAAGAGAGCAGUUACUGCCGGUGAAGCUGCUCUCCCUGUCAGUGUCCAAUGCAGACUCCCCCAUUGUUGACUCCCCCUCCUCGUACCACUCAAUCCCACAUUCUUCGUCCCCUUCAUCCUCAUCUUUUGUCAACGCAGACCCCCAAUACCUAUCGUUAUACCCUACAUUUUUCAAAAAGAAGUACUUGGAGCCAGGCGACAGCACUACUUUCACUGUAACCUACUUACCCAAAAGAGCAGACGACAAACUGCAGUCGUACGUGUAUGUCCACACACACGUAGGCUCAGUGAAGCUGCAAACAGUGGCCAAGAGUACUGCCAACAGCUACCGACUGGAGUCCAUUCACAGUCCAGUGGUGCCAGUGAACACUUCAUUCGAGACAGAUAUUACAUUGUAUAACCCGUAUCCUGUCCAGCUCAACGUCACAGAGUUGUAUGGCAGUGGGUCGGGCUUCCAUCUCGAACCGGUCGACGAUGAAAAGUCAUGGACAUUGGAUCCCUAUGAGACGAAGAGUGUGAUGCGAACGAGUUUUUUCUCCAUAGAAGCCAUGAACCACACUGGUUUCCUCAAACUCACUCUCGAGACAGUCCAGUUCUCAGACUCACUUAUACUCCCCAUCCAGUUCGAAUCUUCCCUCCGUCUGGGAGUCUAUGCCAGCACAGAUGCGGUAGACUUCGGCCAGAUAUUCCCGAAGACGAAUCCAAAACACAUGGACAUGUUACUCAUUAACACAUAUCUGCAUGACGUCACAAUACAGAGUAUAACAAGCAGGAAUAAAGCAUUAAAAGUCGACUUCAUUGGGCCGCAAAUUUUACCAGCGAAGAUGCAGAGAUUUUAUAAAAUUGCUUCAUUUCAUUUGAAUCCCGAUUGGUUGAAUUCAAGCAAAGACAGUUGUGGCGAUAUUGUUAUUCGCUUAAGUGGGUCAGAGAUGAACGAAUUAAAAAUACCUUUCAGGUCAAAAGUUUUAGUUGGGAAUUUGACCUUUCACAAAAACAGCCCAAGGUUCUUCCAUUUUUACUCAGGGUCCAAAGAAGUCAAGACGCGUAGCAUCACGGUAAAGAAUAAUUUUGAAGAGACAUUGUUAGUUUCGCAUGUGUUUCUGUUCGAAAAGAAGGCGCCUGAUUUCCGACUUGAGGGAUUCAAAGGCCCUAUUAAGAUUGAAGCUGGCCAAACUGUUGCUUUGGGAGAGCUGAAGUUUUUCCCGCGUAAUUUGACUCAGUUACAAUUAGACAGUGACGGACGUUAUGAGUUGCCUUCAUAUACAAGUGAGAUCCACGUGUCUUCCAAUGUGUCCAACUUGACACUGCCUUUUAGCUGCUACUCAGGACAUCUAGAGUUCAAAGUAGACUGCGUGGACAAAGACCUUCUCGGUAACUGUCUCUCGGAAAACGAGACCGAGGAAGACGAAGAGGAGGGUCCACAUCUAGACUUCGGAUACGUCUCAGUGGGCGCCACCAAAUCUCUCUUGCUGACACUCUUGAACCCCAACAGUGUCUCGAUUGAGCUUAAUGACAUCAAGUGGACAAUGGAAGACACGAAUGUGACAGUUGUCGGAGGAAAGUUCCGCUUCGACGGCGGAAAGUUAAUGGACAUUGCAGAGAAUGUGAUGUCCGAUUAUAUUGAUGUCGCGGAUGCCUAUGAUGGUUUUGGAAGUCCAGAUUACGAGGUGUAUCCAGUCACGCCCUGCAGGAGUAAAGUUUCAGUUGCGGCAAAUAGUUUUGUGAUUCUGAAGGUGUCUAUACGGGCUCCCGUGGAAGGCCAGAUGAUGGGAGGACAUUUAAUCAUGAAGAGCAAAUACGUGGUUCUCCAGAUCAAGAUGCACUACCAGUCAUUGAUGGGAAGUCUACUCAGCAAAGUCUUAACGUUCCAAUCGUUUCCGUAUCGGGUGCAAAAGUUGGCGUUCACGCUGAAAAACAAUUACGACAGAGACUUAGAGUUAGUCCACGGUGAGUUUCAACCGCCCGACCCUCGGUUCUCCUUUAUAAUUGUGAACCCACCCUACGGACUGGGGUACAUAAACGCAGCUCGUGCAGACGACGAUCAGGAUGAGUUUGAUCUACCUGUUGCCGCGUGCACUGUCGUGUUCAACCCGACCUUGGGUUGUGACCCGAAGUGUUAUUUGGGAAUUGACUCGCAGACAUCAGAGGGGGAGCAGUGGGUGUCGAGUCUGAGGUUACCUCAGGAUGUAGCGGAUGUGGAUGCGGGACUCCUGAAGCCACUGAUUCAGACUUACGACCAAAUGAAGAGUGAUAAUUCGAUAAGAAACAACAUAACUGCGGUCAUGCGACUAAAACCCAUGAAUGAAAAGAUCACUCUUCCAAUCGAGGCCUACCUAGAGUGGCCUGCUCUGGCGAAGAGAACUCUCGCAUUCAAACUUGCUCAUGUUGGAAGUGUAUCUACAGCUAAACUGGAAAUCAAAAACCCCUCAAAUCGCCCCAUUGUGCUACAGAUCAUUCCGGUCUCGCUGUAUCAAAAUGUGGCUAAGAUAUUGGAGAUCUUAUCGGAAUCGUUCCAUUUCGAGGAGCUGGCAGAAAUUGAUGUCUCGAAUUUGUCUUCAGAUAGCUUCUUCCUAACAAACUCAGAGGAUAAAAAUACGGCUCAUAACAACCCUUCCAUCCAAUACAGAGCAGACUUAGAACGCAAACUGAGUGUGAAGCCAAGCAAACAAACGCUAACCUUUUUCGCCCAGCCGAACCAACAUCUCUCAAUCUCAAUUACGUUCAACGCCACCGAAGCCAAACCACACCAGUCCCUAUUCCUUGUCAGAAAUAAUCUAACAGUCAUAGAUUACGUAAUGGUAUCAGGAGUCGCAGCUACUUACAAUUUCACACUAGCCGGAGUUCACCCCGUUAUCAGAUCGGAACAAUCUGAUGAUGUGGAUGAGAGUUGGAUGUCGUACAUACCAUCCCCGUUGCAUCUCCCGAAGCAGACUCACCUCGAGUUUCGCCAGGCAGGUCAUGCAGUCGGACAGUCCAUUCUGUUUGACCUGAAGUCGAACUACCUCAGUGAACAUUGCAGUGGUAAAACGACUUCUCCGUUCAAAGUGAAGAAAAGGAAGUCUCUGCUGGUCUCCAACACUGGAAUCAUCCCAUUCAGCAUCCACUCUGUCCUCAUAAAUGGACACUUCUGUGAAGCCAGUGGAUUUGUUGUGGAAAACUGUGACCCAAACACUGGUCAUGUCAACUUCUCGUCUCAAUCUCUCGCUCCAAAUGACGAUUACGAACUCCUUAUCACUUUUCAUCCAGACUUUGCGUUGACCAAAGUGGAAGCGGAACUUCAGAUAUUUCUGGACAUGGAGUUGAGCACUCCACGUUUGUUCCACCUCGUCGCUACUGUUCCCUUCACAUUCAUCCCUAAAUGUGCGGCACAGGUGCCCCGUGCUCCAUGGGAGGGAUAUCUCUACUCGGCGGUCGUGCUCUCAAUGAUCACCCUCUUCUUCGGGGCAAUGAUUACGUCAUACUAUGACGCGAAAAAGCUCAUCAUGCACACUUACUGUAACUCGACCACGUCUCAAAAUGGCAGUCCGUGUGUUAACGUGCGAAAUAUGAACAAAGAUAAAUUUCACGCACAUGGAAAAUGGAAUCAACAAUCAGCGUCAAAUUUGAAAUCACAUCAUAAUGGAGCCCAUGACAAAAACGUGGUGGGAAGAAAGCACGAGUCAGUUGAAGACCUGUCGAUGUCAGUUCAUGAUGAUCAUUCGGCUGUGGACAAUUACUUGACGGAGACUGUGAAUCCAGACGGGACUAAGGGAUUCCUGUUGAACUUUGGUCUUUCUGCUUCGAGUAUUAAGGCUACGAAUGAAGAACCAAGUGGAAAGAGUUCGUUGUCUCGUGUGGCGAAGUCGACCGAUAAUGUAUCUACAAAGAGGAUGCCUGUGGCAGUCGUCUCAAAGGUAGAUGCACCAGCAGUCACCAUCGAAGCCAGAGAACGGUUCCUGGUAUCCCGAGAGAAGCCGCCAAAUAUAAAACGAUUCCUGUCUGCGUUCACGCAAAUGUUUUACAUUCAGCCCAUUUUCAAUAUUUUAUCUCUGGCAUUCUUUUUCAUUUUCAAGACGUUUCCUUCACAAUUAUUCGCUAUUGUCAAGCGGAUGGUCAAUUUAAUAAUGUACAUAGUUCGCAUCAUCUUUUCUUGCUUUAGAUUUCUGUUCAAGUCGUUUUUUACUUUUUUUACUUGGAUUUUAUUUGAAAAAUUGUUUGCUCGCAAAAAAGAGAAGUUUACGUUAUCGCCGGAGAAAAAGUCGAGAGGGACCUACACUGAGACUAUUCAUUUAACGAGAAAGCAAAGACAGAAAAGAGCUAGAAACUGCGUUCAAUCAAAGACCAAUGGCAGGAAAGGUAGUAAAGGGUUUAAAAACGAAGAAUCAGAAGAGCACUCUGUCGCGGCAGCUGAAGACAAAGAUUCGCCGACCGGAUCUGAAGUCAUGGACGACCAGAGCUCCUCGCGGUUUUCGACUCCCGAAUUGCCGCAACGAUGGAACUUUGGGUGUCGCAAUGCGGACACGAGUACUCGUUCGUCGAGAGCAAAUCAAUUGCCAUUUAUGGAUAGUAGCUCUUCGUCUCGAGCGAAUGGAGACGAGAAUGUGAGCUCGUUGCGUCACAGACGAAAUGUAGAGGCUGCUUCGGAUAAUGAAAGUUCGGUCGGUGGAAGUGACGAAAGCAGUGGAUAUUUGGUCGAGGACGAAGAAAGUGUGAAUGGAAAUAGUUUCACGCCAGCCGUGCAAAGAGGGAAUUCGCGAAGUCUAUACAGUGGCGGAGAGUUUGCAUUUGGCUCUGACGGGAGAUUGAAAAGAUGCGAACAGAGAGAUGCUAUUGAGAAUUUUUCAAACCAAAAUGGAAAUUUCAAUCCAAAUGUGAGAAUUGCACAAAACAGUCCUAAAACUGGCACCACUUGGAGUAGACCUGCAUCAUCUGAGAGUCGGGAAUCCAGUUAUGAACAGGAUGAAAAUGUGCCGCCGGGAUUUGAGGACUUCGCCAUGCAUUCGAAUGUCGGCAGAAGAUCCUCGCACUCAGUUGUACAAGCUACUGGAAACUCAAACUUAAACGAUGAUGUAAACGGUCCUCGACAUUUCGUAACGCAGGAUUUGGAGAGGUCAUCUUUGAUUUCAGCGCAGCAGCAGCAUCACAACUCCAAUAAUCACUUGAGAAAGCAAAACGCUGUGUUCCAGAAGAAGCAAGUUUUCGACGCGAAUCACAGCAAUACUGUGUAUACCAGGAGUGUGUCGUCUGGGAAAGCCUCAUUGAAGACUUCAGAGUUUUCAGCAACAUUGUCAACACCCCAGGGUCUGGCUGAUUUCAGAAAAGAGAGCCCUCCUUCCCCUCGAUCAGUUAAUUGUUGUGGCAACUGCCACCGACCCCUGCAUGCCUCAUAUGUAGGUAGCAACAAAGAGGAGGAGGAAGAGGAGAUUUAUUUUUCCUCCCUUGAGGACCAAAUCUACGACACCGCUGGUACCAGCUCAAAAGAAGAAUUCAACAAGGGUCCGAGUCAGGGCUCGCUGAGACACAGGGGCGUGGGAGGCAGACAUUUGAACCCAGACGAUUUGGUAAGCGAUGGAAGACAGUCGGCGAUUGGGCCCAGCUGGAGGAGGGUAGCAGCUCAGAUAGGGGAGGGACUAGCGACUAGUUCAAGGUCACCACAUAUCAGGGAGAACACGUCGGCCACUUCGCUAAGCUACUUUCAAGACCCUUUCUUGCCGGGAGUUGACAUGAAAGAAGCCCUGUUCAGUGGGUCGCUUGACAGCGGCAGAUACCCUCCUUUUAUGGAGACGAACAUGUUCAAACCAGCUGGCAGAAAGUACAAUAACACUGAAAUGUCGUCUUCUGGGCCCUGUUGGCCACCUCCGGAGCGCAAGAAGCAGGAGUGCAAAACUGAAGAUGCCAAAUAUUUGGACACUAGAGGCAAAGAAUUCAGCAGUCAAGCGGAAUCAGAGGCCAAACAGGAAAAGCAAAGUAAAUUUUUCGACACCAAUGGAGAAAAGAUUAUCAAGCAAAUUCGAUCUACGAGUGCUGAGAAUCUGCUAAUUGACAGUUCGUCUAUUUGGAACAGCGACAACAACUUGGCAAAUGAGUCCCAGUGGAAUAAAACGUGGAAUUCGAAACUGGCUCCGCUGCCUUUGCUGGCGCUGAACGAAACUGCCGAAGAGUCCAGUGAUGAAAUUGACGAUAAGUUCACAAGGAAGACUUUUGGUUCGGACGCUGAUAUAUCCAGCAUUUGGAAAAGGGAUUCGCUGCUCACUGAUUCAUCGCGCUGUGAGCUGAACAACUUUGGGCCUAUAGGGUGGUAUGAUCAGGGAACCAGAAUAGGAAGGAAUUCUCUCUCGACUGACUUGAACAUCUGGUGGAAGCCAGAGAAUCACUUCAUAUCGCCACUGCCGUCCACUGAAUGGCCGGUGCGUCGGAGUCAUUUGCCAGUGGCUCCAUUCAACGAAGAAGACGAAGAUAACACAAGACAGUCAGGAGAUGAUGAGACAAUAGACAAACGGGGCAAAAACAGAGUCGCCGAUAAAAAGGAUGGAAGCAAAGAUAGGUUGCCGCAGAAAUGAAGAAUAGCAAAACUACAAUUAACUAAAAAGAGAAAAAGAUAGCAAAACGAUAUUAAAAGCAGCGCUAGAGACGUUUGUCUUUAUUAAAGAAAUUAGUCUGUGACGUUAAUGCAAUGUUUUGUCUCGUCCUAAAAAGAAUUGUAAAAAGCCCUAAUAAAAGUCGACUUUAGUCAAAACUAGGCUGAAACUGGUUUUAAAACUCCCCUUUAAUUAACUGAUGGCUGUUUGAAUUUUUUUAUUACAAGGAAGUCAAUUUCUAACUACCACUUGUUACACAUAAAGUUGAGUUUAUGGGGGAAAGGACUCUAAGGUGCAUUAGUUUCAACUUAAUCAAAUUUCCGUAAAUCAAAAAGAGUGCUCUUUUAAAACUUAGUUUCUCGUAAAAAUCAAGUCUUCCAAAUGUCACUGAGCUCAUAAACAAAACAAAACUUAUUGCGCGUGCUUAAGU